AACUCUAACUGCUGUGUCGUUUACCUUGACAGUAGCCAGUCCUUUUCCAAGUAAUGGCAAUAAGAUAACCUCAUCGGGGCAGGUUGUUUACAGUCUUGGUGGAAUACUGGACCUGACGUACCUGACGCACAAUGGAAAGGAAAACGACAGGAAGUGUAUCUGAGCCUUUUACAUGUAAUAAUGGCAGUGAAAGGACUGACCCCUAUGGCUUUGAGAGACAACACGAUUUUGAAUCCUAUAAGGAGAUGAUGAAUGAGUAUGUAGCUGUGCUCAACAGAAGGUCGAUGAGAUGGUCCAAGCUCCUGCAAGAGAAACCACAUGUGGGGAAGAACUUAACAGUAAAAAGGUAUGUGCGUAAAGGUGUGCCUAAUGAGCAUCGUGCCAGGAUUUGGAUGGCAGCUAGUGGUGCCCAGGAACAACUGGAGAGCAACCCAGGCUAUUACCAGUCUCUGUUGGCCUUGGAGCAUGACACCAAGCUGAAGGAAACCAUUCGUAUAGAUAUGCAUAGGACCUUCCCUGACAACGUUCUCUUCAAGAGCAAAGCAGAACCGAGCCUGCAGAGGGCUCUGUACAACGUGCUGCUGGCCUACGGACACCAUAAUAAGGCAGUGGGGUACUGUCAGGGUAUGAACUUCAUUGCCGGCUACCUCAUCAUCAUCACCAAAGAUGAAGAGAAGUCAUUCUGGCUCAUGGAUGCAUUGUUGGGCAGGAUGCUCCCAGACUACUACAGCUCAGCCAUGUUGGGCCUGAAGACUGACCAGGAGGUUCUUGGAGAGCUGGUGAAGGCUAAAGCUCCUGCAGUAGGACAGCUCAUGGCCCAGUAUCCUGGCAUAUGGACACUAGUGGUGUCACGUUGGUUCAUCUGCCUCUACAUUGACGUACUCCCAAUUGAGACAGUUCUACGGGUCUGGGAUUGUCUUUUCUACGAGGGCUCCAAGGUUCUUUUCCGCGUUGCUCUGACUCUCAUCAUUCAUCAUCAGCCAGAAAUCCUGAGAGCUCGUUCUUUGCCCGAUGUGUGCGAGUGCUUCAAGCAAAUCACCUGUGGAGCUUUCACUCUGGACUGUCAUACCUUCAUGCAGAAAAUCUUCACAGAACCUGGGAGCUUGUCUAUGGGAACUAUUAAUAAACUGAGAGAGAAAUGCAGACAACAAAUACUGGAUGAGGAAUCUGGACAGUCAUGAAGUUUGGGAUUCACCAUUCCCCAUUUUGACUGCAUUUUAAAACUACCAGCUUUCAUCGAGUGUAAGAACGUAGCACUGCACUAUCAGGGACAAUUAAAAAACUAAAUGAA